GACUUGUGCAGUUUGACUGCAUUUUCUACCCUCCCGUACCCGGUGUUUCUGCACCUUCCCGCGGCAAUGGGGUGAUGCGCUCCCUCACGUUGCGGCUGCUGCUGCUAUUGCUUUGGUCAAGCUGUCUUGCACAGGAUCUCUUCGAGAACACUGGGCUUCUCGCGGAGUACUUCGCGCCGUUCUCGCCGGAAGAGUCCUGUGAUCCGGUGAACGGCUCCACACAGGUCCUACGGACUCGCCUUCCCAACCUGGUACGCCGGGUGGAGAGACUGAAUUUCGCGAGCCGGGACGACUUUGACAUCGACCGCUGUGCCUUUGAGAAGGACUUGUCGGGCGACAAUUUGCUGUACAACUGUCGAGGCCAAGAGGAGCUUCGGAAGAACUUUGCAGCGCGCUACACAGGCUAUUUCUACAUCUUUUUAGAAGGCAUCUACACCUUCCAGCUGGAUGCGGGCGAUGGUGUGCGGAUGAUCCUGGGCCACGAUGCCUGCCCUGGCCAGCUCUGUGCCACAAGGUAUGAUGUGGAGAACUGGGUCAUGCAGAAUAUGCGCAAGAAUCGCGUGGAAGAUGGCUCCUAUGGGAACCAAUGUGACGAGUGCUCAAAAGGCAUCUACGACAACUGCCGAGUGACAGACUGGGGCUGUGAGCCCUUCAGCCUCUGGCAGCUCGAAGGUGAUGGAGGCCUCUCCGGCACCUGUUCGGACCAGCCCUCUGUGCUGCAAAGCACGAGGUACCUUACUGCCGGCUUGCACGCCAUGCGAAUUGAGUACUUCCAGCGCGGGGGUGAUGCGCGUCUUUUCUUCCGGUAUUCGGGGCCCGACACGGAUGGGCAAAUGAUAGUGGUGCCACCGACUAAGCUGGGCUUCCCGAGAUCUCAGACUUGGAUCAAGGAAGUCUUUGAUGUCUCAGUGGACAAUCCGAGUGAGCUGCCGCCCUCAGACGAUCUCGGAGACUUCUCCAAAGCGUAUCCCAACGCACUUCUGCUUUACCGGGCGGACGAUCCUUUCCAGAACACCGGUCCUGGGGAGGGCGCCUUCAGUAUGGAGGUGACGGAUCUCAACAUCCCGAUCUAUGUCCGGUGGCAAGGCUACUUCCUCUUUGUCCGUGGCGGGGAGUACAUCUUCCGCCUCGAGUCGGACGACGGGGGGCGUGUGACCUUCGGCGGCCGCGGCAUGGAAGGGGAGAAGGUGAUGGUGGACAAUCCUGGCAUGCAGGAAGGCUCCCAGACAGCGCAAACCAGGAUGCAAGUGCUUCCAGGGCUGCACCCGGUGCGUGUGGAGUUCUUUUGGAAGCCCUCGGACACGGUGGCGAGCAUCCAACGGCCUCCAGGGAUCAAGGUCACCUACACCGGUUUCGACACACAAGGCUACUUUCUGUCCUUGAGCCGGGACGCGGGUGCGCGGAUGACCACGCAGGAGUAUGACUGUGAGCUAAGGCGCUUUGAAUGGGGCGGUGGCAUGAGCGUGACACGGGACUGUGCUGGGGCGUGCUUCGUCGGCUUUGAGUCGAACUUGGGCGACCGGAUCUGCGACAACGGUGAGGGCACCACCAGCAGCCUCGAGUGUUCUCAAUACAACUUCGACAACUUCGAUUGUUCUCCCACGUACCCGCAGAAGCUGGAGACGACGGCACGCCCCAGCAUCACCUGCCACCAGUCCUGUCCCUCCAGCAACUUCAGGCGGAAGAACUGCGCCACCUGCAGCUCUACCACCUCCAAUGGCCAGCUGUGCAUCGAAGCCUAUGACGACUACUGCCCCUCUGGCAAUCAGGAGGAUUGCACCUUUUUGACCUGCUGUGUGGCAAAGGUCAGUGGCUUGAACUACUGGGGAGAAGAUUGCCUAGCUUUCGGCACAGCCAGCAAUUGCUCAGGGAAGUUGAACGUGAUCCUCUCACGGCUUCAACUGGAGCGCUUGCCCAUGGAUGCUGCGGCGGUCUACGACCCUCUGGCACCACGCCCGCGACCCACAGGUAGCAUGAUGUCCGAGUGCUAUCAGAGCAACUGCAAUCAGAUCACAGAGGAGUUCGUGCUGAACCCCUUCACCGGUUUCUACACUGAUCAGCGAAUCUGCCCGGUGCAGGAGUCGGUGGAUCCGGGCUUCCAGUGCUAUGAGGGGCCCUUCGCGGCGGCGGGGAUCACCGAUGUGCUCACACAGUGCCAGGACAGCAAUUUCCAAUACAACUUCUGCCGGAACCGGAAGAGCGUCGACGGCCGCCCCUUCCGGGUUUGCUGCAGCUUCCUCUUCCUGAACCCUCAGGGCAUGGCGGAGUGUCGCUUCAUGGGAGCGGCGCAGGGCAGUUGCCAGCUGCUGCUGGAGGAGCUGGAAAGAAACUUGAGCUCCAGCGCCUUCACGCGGAUCUCCAACGCUCAGGUCUUGAAGUCGUGCUCCCAGGAUGGUUGCAACAGUCCCAUGGACGAGCUCCAAGGCUGUCCAGCCAUGGUGAACAAGGAGCCUUUGAUCACCGAUGGCAUCAGGCCCACCGAAGAGCCGGGGCUCGAACAGCUUUUGGAGGGCGCGGUGGAUCGACCACCCGAGCCGCCACCUUGGGGGCUCAUAGGUGGACUGCUUAGUGUGCCUCUCGGCAUCAUUUGCAUCGCAAUGCUGCUGAACAAGCUGGGCGUCUUCCGCGAAGCGAUUGAGCCACUCUUCCACAGCUCCAAGGCGACCGUGGUGGCCCAUGACACCUUUAUUGAGCCUCAGAAGGAUCUGAUGGUGAACGGUUUGGGUAUCGAAUCCAAGACCUAUGGCCGUGUGGAGCCUAGAGCUUUGGGGCUUCGGAAGCUGCAUGAGGAGGACCAGGUGUUGCCCUUGGCCCUGCGACAGAAGGCGGAGAACGCGGUGCCCGAAGCAGCGAACGCCGCCUGGGUGGACGAGGUCGUCAAGGAGGCAGAGAUCCAGCGGGAGCGGCCACAGCUGAAGGACACGGUGGUGUUGCCUGGCACGACGUACACAGGCGAAGGCAUCCCCUGCUAUCCUGAGGAGUUGGAUAUGCCGUACAUGGAGAGCCACGCCUUAGCGGUCCAGGAGCCCAACUUGCCGCGCUCCCGGUCCUCAGAUCGGAGCAAGAGUGUGGAUGACUUCAGCUCCUCCCAUCACCAGUCGGUCAUGAGCGGGCUGCCGAGCUUGUCGAACACUGCCCGCAGCGCGCGUGGCAGCACCAAUCGAAGUGCCUCGAAGCUCACCGCCUUGUCAGACACCAGCGGUGUGUGGACAAGCCGCACUGGCGUCACCGUCACCGAGCGGGCCUUGUCCUCCACAGGGGACGAUGAGGCCUUGUCGCAAGACAUGCUGCCAGAGCUGCCGCCCAGCGGGGAAAACGCCGACAUCCCAGAGAUCGGUCACGUGGAGGGUAGUGUCUCUGGAUUGGUGCUCUGCCCAGUCUCCGUGGGGAACCUCCACCGGCCGGCGGCGGCCGCCAAGCGGAUGCGAGAAGCACAAGAUGCGAUCCCCCGUGUGGCCACGUGACAUAGGCUCCCCUGCAAACCUGGGUCCUGAGAGGGGGAAGAUGCACUCAUCGACAGGUGGCUUUUACAUGCGGAUUUCUUGUGGAUGAGAGA